GCGUCUUCUUCUGGCGCUCCUGGAGCUGCCACCCUUUGAAGAAGGCGUGAAUUCCUCUUGUUCUUGGCUGCAUCGCCCUGUCUUUUCCCUGCUACCUAAUUCUGCUGCACCUCUCACAUAUUUCACUUAUACCUUCACACCCACCAUGUCUCUUAUAUUAUAGUCCUCCUUCGUCCACCUCUGGGCUUCACAUUCGGACGAUCGUUCGAUCGGCUACUGCUGAUCGAUCUUGAGAGCUGCUCUUCUCCUAUUCUUCCAUUGCCGCCUUGCCUACGCCGUCGAGUCACCAUCUCUACCAUCCCACAUCCAACCACGAUCUCAUCUACGAUUCCGUCUCUCACCUCCCGAUGAUCGUCUCUCAAUCUCGAAAACGAUGGUACAUCUACUCCGCGGUGAUCGACCAAUCUUUUCGGUACAUCACCUGUUGAAGAUGCUUCUCUCAUCAAACCAGUCCAAGCCCACGGACGAAACCACCGACGUGCCUGAGGACAUGGACGAGCCUCCUGAUCAUCGUUACCUGGAUACGUCUGCCGUUAUGGAUGAUGGUGUGGUUUAUGUCAAGUCCCCGGCCAAACUCACUGAUCACAAGGAAUCCCUCCUCACCCGGGCUCUGAAGAGCAGCCCCGAGUUCGGUCCCACCGACCAAAGUACAUCCACUCACGAACAUACCUUCUACCAUUCAUAUUCAUAUACAAACGCCAGCGGCAUUUCGACUGCCGAAUUGACCAGUGAUGGUGGCCUCACAAGCCCAUCACUAUCUCACACCCCGAGUCCUCCACUACCUUCACGCAUGACUAGUCGGGCUCCCGCCACAGCUACUAACGGCAAGGAGCUCGGUGCUGGUAGCGGUGAAUCUGCCGUGGAAGCGAACCUUGGCCGUAAAAGAUGCAUCAGCUUUGCUUGUGGGCGAAAGGCCGAAGAUCAGAAACCACAGGCCCCAACGCCACGCGCGGAAUCGGCCACUAAAUCCAACGAGCAAGCCCCAGAGUUCAAACGCAAGACGACCCUAACGUUCGUGUGCCCUGCAAGGGACCCCGAGUUCAGGCGAGAGCGAUCUCCUACUCGAGCAUGCUCCUUACGAGCUCGCCCCCGUGGAUCUCCUGCACCGUUUGCGCGCAAGGCUUCGCCCGAGAAACAAGCCUCGCUGCCGACUGUCGCCACCCGGGAGCCAAACACCCCACCAACGCAGAACACUCUACCAACCCAAGAACCAAAGGCACUCGAACACUACAGAGGAGUCCCGAUGAAAGGCUUGGGCAAAUUUGAAGACUCGGAAGCAACUAGGUUUCACGAGUUCGGAAGCUCUUUCGAGGAGGAUGCCGAAUGGGUCAAUCGGGAGGCUGACUACAAGGAUAAGAUUACUUUGAACGACUGCAUGAAGAAGGAAAAUGCCAUCAGGAAACUCGCCGAGGAGGCAGAAGAGGAGGCCCUCGACGAAGAGGAGGAGGAUGCCGAUCUUCCGGAUGAUUCAUCCACUUUGCAUGACUUCUCCUCCGACGAUGACGAUGGAAAUGAGUCUGAUAACGAGGCUGGCUUCGCUGAAUCCGAUGAGAGUGACGAUGGCUCUGAAUACGGCUUCUGGGCUCCUGCUAGUACGACAGCUGCCACGAGUCCCCUCGAACAUCCUCGACUUCCCAUCAGCCGCAGGGACUCGGCAAUGUCUUUCGACUCAAUGAAUGAGGAACAUCCGCGUACGAACUGGCCGCCAGCUCUCGCUGGAAAACCGACAGGUCGGCCGAUUAAGAUCCCCAGAUUACGUCCUGGCACCCCGGAUCUUCCUGACAGUACCGAUUUCGUGUGCGGAACACUGGAUGAGGACCGACCCUUGGAGGUUGCCUACAAAUCCUGCCUCGAGCAGCGACGUCUUUCCAAACAAGUCAUCAUUCCUCAGGAUAUUGAUCCAAGCUUUCCUACCUCCGACAUUGACGACGAUGACGACGACGAUGACGAUGAGGAGGUCAAGGGCUCUGGCUUACUAGACGAAGGGCCUCGAGGUCGAUCAGGCGGGGAGCAAUCACGGAGGGUUUCGCCUCACCCUUCGCCAAAACGAAUGAUUUCACCCCCACCUCGUCGCCAUGGCAGAGCGUCACCCAAACGUCUUCGUUCUCCGCCGCCUCCGAUCAAGCUCAGGUCGACUGCGAAUGGUGGAGUAAAAGGCGCUCCCACCCUGCAUCAUGGCCUCAACAUCAGCGAGCUAGUCCAGCGGCCCGUGCUGGCUCGCACAAAGUCACUCCCUCGCACACCCAACCCUUUCUUCGCAAUGGAAAGCUCUCAUCGCUGGUCUGGUAUCGUGCCAAUUCAAGAAUCCCACGAGCGUGAAUCGUCACGUAAUCGAGAGAUCCAUACCCGGGGUCCUGUUGAUAUCGUCGAGGGCCUAGAAAAGAAACGCCAGAAGCGAAAAGAAAAAUUUUGGCGCCAACACUGUCGCAAAGCUGCCAAAGAGCAGAUGGAGCGACGCCCUAUUCCCGGAAAAGGUGCUGAACGCAUGAAGGAGCUUGGUCUCGAGGUCGCUGAAAGGACGAGAGCCUUUGGCGUCGGUGAGAGCUCCCAGCUUGUCCUUUCCGUCUAGACACCUUUCCUACGGUUGAGAGAAAAUCAUCCACCUCUUAUUGUAUAUACUUGGAUGACUCUUACCGAACCCUCCGACACUGCGGUCAUUACGUGUCCACGUCUUUCUCUACCAUCUCCCUUUCGACACACUCGCUUUGGGAAGGUCUUUGUGUCUGCAUUUACACGGCGGUCGCUUUCUCUUCUUGAACAUACUUACCUAUUCUUUCAUUUUUACUCUUAUCCCCUUCACCACCUUUACUACCGCUUUUAGUGUAUGACUGUCUUUGGGAGCUUUUUACUGCAUCAGGGUGGUUACGGAGUAGUAUACCCCUUGCUUUGGCUUUGAGACUGUAGAACUGGGUGCAUAGCCAUGAUUCUUACAAGAGAAGUUAAGAUAAAAUAAUCAAAUUGACAAAUCAAAUAAAUACGAUAAU